CUUCAAAGUGCUCUAUAUAUUUGUCACCAUAUUUGUACGUGUAGGCAUUCAUAUCUUGCCAUCUUAACUAUUACUGUAGCCAUAUAUAUAGCCCAAUAGCUCGACUUGUUCCUGUCUGUCGUUUCAGAUCUAAAGGAGCUAUCAGGGUCGCAAGGUUUUAGCUCUAAUUCCCUUUCACAGCGUGUUGUUUACAUUGUGUGUGAAAUCAUUUUGCACAGUCCAGACGUUUCGGGUUUUCUUUUCGUGUACAGAAAUAGCAACACCUCAUUUCGAAACCUGAAGAAAAAAAACCGGCUACUUAUCCAUUCUCAUCUGCUUGACGAUUCUGUUAUCAUCGAAGGUUUUCUUUCUCGGCCUAGGAAGACAAUUGGUUUUGUUGCGAUAGUUGUGUCCGCAAAAUCCUCCGGUUCGUACUGUGUCACUCUUAGUCGCUUUUGUCACCUGGCUCGUAUUCUUUCACAGAUAGAAUCGCGGUGUUUUUGAUUUACUGUGAUCUUUGCACAUCCCGUUUUCCACUUCUUCGCUUGUUUGUUGUGUUUUCCAUUAGACUCAACUCCACUCCAAGCGUAUCCAGUCCUCGACAUCUCGUCCAUCGUGCCCUUGCUCGUUGACAUCAUCCCAAUUCUACAGCAUUGUCCAAUCUCAAUUCUCUACAUACUCACUUAGUUGAUAAUCCAUUAUGACGAGCAUCUACACGUCUGACCUCAAACAUCACAGAAGAGCUCCGCCCCCGCCUCCUGGAACCGGAUCAGGCAUGAACUCAGCUACGGGGUCGACUUCCUCGUUGGCUCCUUCGACGUCGUCGUCGCACAAGAACUCUAUUCAACUCAACAUCAACUCCAACAAACGCCAGUCUGGCUGGGUCCACAUCAAAGACGACGGUAUCUUUACGUCGUUCCGCUGGAAUAAACGGUUUAUGGUAAUUAACGAAAAAACUCUCAACUUUUAUAAAAACGAACCAACUCCAGCAGACUCGCCAGACUUGUCGUUCCCUUUGAACCACAUCAGCAUCAUAAACCUCAAGCCCAAUUACGGUUACACCAAGACAUCGCAAUGUUUGGAAAUCGUCCCCAAGAACAACGGCAAGGUCAUUCUCAUAUCCAUCAAGUACAACAAUGACUAUUUGGACUGGUUGGAUGCCUUCACCACCAAAUGCCCCUUGGUGCAAAUCGGCCAGGCUAACUCGUCCAAUCCUAUCUCCGGCAAUUCGGGGGUGUCCAAUCCCAUCAACUUCACACAUAGGGUCCAUGUCGGUUUCGACCCUGCCAGUGGAAACUUCACAGGCUUGCCAGAUACCUGGAAGACGUUGUUGCAACACUCUAAGAUCACCAAUGAAGACUGGAAGAAGGACCCUGUUGCUGUGAUCGAAGUGUUGGAGUUCUACUCCGACAUCAACGGUGGUUCGGCAGCUUCAACUCCAAUGAGCUCGCCUGCUAUUGGUUUGAACUAUAACGCUAGCGCUUUCAACCAGACGAAGAAUCUCCUGGAAUGGACUAAACCUCCAUCCAAGAAUAACAGUAAUAGCAAUAAUCACAACCAAUUGUCAUCGUCUUCUUCGACUUCGAACUUUCAACCUUCAAGGGCGGCUCCAAAGCCACCAAUGCCGUACCAUUUAACCAGCCAGAAGUCUUCGAAUAGCAUUUCGCCAUUGAGCAAUUUGAUGACAAAGACUAACCAGUCUGCCCCAUCUGAAACCACCGAAAAGAACAGUGAUUUGGUGCCUAUAAGAAGAGCUCCUCCUCCACCUGGUUCGAGUCAGUCUACUUCGGCUAUACCCACAAGUAAUAACUCUAAUAUGCCUACUGGUUUAGGUAUUUCGACAUCUCCUGGUAGUAGUACUACGAUUCCAAAGCAGGUUCCUCCAUCCUUGCCACCAAACUCUAAGGUUCAUCCAGAUUUGACCAUCCAAACUGGAACCAAUAAUUAUAUUAAUGCUAAUAGUAAGUACCAGGGGCCAUCGAGUGCUCCUGCUAGUGGACCUGGUUAUAUUAAGCCAUUUGGUAUCACGAAUAAGUUACAGCAGCAACAGCAGACAAAGUCUUCCACUGAACCUCUUCAGGUAAGUGACAAGGCGAACAAGAAUGUCGAGUCGCCCAUCAAGCCACUUCAGCCAAAGAAGGACGUUGCAGUUGCUGCAGCAGCUCUUGCAGCAACUUCUGCUGCAAAGAAGACUGAUACCAAAACAAAGAUGCCUAUGGGUCCUGCGCCUAUUAAGACUGCUAAGCAACUCAAGAAAGAGAGAGAAAAGUUGAACGACAUGCAGAUCAUUGCAAAGUUGAAAACUGUGGUUAAUAGCAAGGAUCCUACUCCUUUGUUCAAGAUUAUCGAAAAGGCAGGUCAAGGGGCUUCGGGAGCUGUGUACUUGGCAGAAAUGGUUAAAGAAAACAAUAGGAAGGUUGCCAUCAAGCAAAUGGAUUUGAAUAUCCAACCACGUAAAGAGUUGAUUAUCAACGAAAUCUUGGUGAUGAAGGAUUCUCAACAUAAGAAUAUCGUCAACUUCUUGGACUCCUACUUGAGAGGAAAUUCAGACUUGUGGGUCAUCAUGGAAUAUAUGGAGGGUGGUUCCUUGACUGAGAUCAUUGAGAACAAUGAAUUCAAGUUAAGUGAAAGACAAAUUGCAACUAUCUGUUUUGAAACUUUGAAGGGGUUGCAACAUUUGCAUAAGAAGCAUAUUAUUCACAGGGAUAUAAAAUCAGACAAUGUGCUAUUGGACGCAAAGGGGAACGUCAAGAUUACAGAUUUUGGUUUCUGUGCUAAAUUGACAGACCAAAGAAACAAGAGGGCUACCAUGGUAGGCACACCUUACUGGAUGGCACCGGAGGUGGUUAAGCAAAAAGAAUAUGAUGAAAAAGUGGACGUUUGGUCCUUGGGUAUUAUGACAAUAGAAAUGAUCGAGGGUGAACCCCCAUACUUGAACGAGGAACCUCUUAAGGCUCUUUACUUGAUUGCCACAAAUGGUACUCCAAAGCUAAAAAAGCCAGAAUUAUUGUCAAAUUCAAUUAAAAAGUUUUUGUCUAUCUGUCUUUGUGUUGAUGUUAGAUACAGAGCAACUACUAAUGAACUACUUGAGCACUCCUUCAUUCAACAUAAAUCGGGGAAGAUCGAAGAGUUGGCUCCAUUGUUGGAAUGGAAGAAAAAUGUGCAGAAGAGCGACGCACACACAUCACUCACUCUUGAGGACGAAUAGUUUGCAUUAUAGAAAACGAUAAGAGCAGAUGUUUUCUUUGCGUUUGUGUUCCGAUAGAUGUUACUGAUUAUCUUUAAUUUUAACUAAUGUAUUUAUUUCUUCUGACAACAUUUCUUAAAUAAAAGUGUUUCUAUUCU